AUGCCCAAGAAGCUCUCCAAGACUGGGACGUCGACGUCGCUCUCGAGCAUAGCGACGAGCUCGACGGCCUCGCUGGCCUCGUCGCUCCCGCCGGUCCUGACCGACGGCCAACCCCUGCCGCGCCUCAUUGUCUUUGACCUCGACUACACGCUAUGGCCCUUCUGGGUCGACACGCACGUGUACCCGCCGCUCAAGGCCAACGCCGACCGCAGCGCCUGCACCGACAAGGUCGGCGAGACUUUUGCCUUUUACCGCGACGUCCCCUCGGUGCUGCACGGGCUGGGCGCCGCGGGCGUCCGCCUCGCCGUCGCCAGCCGCACCCACGCCCCGGACCUCGGCCGCGAGAUGCUCAAGCUGCUGCACGUCCCCGCGGCCGCCGCCCUGUUCCCCGGCGCCGACGAGGCUACCCUCAAGGAGCUUGCUGGCAAAAAGGGCGACCGCCCGCGCAAGGCCCUCGAGUUCUUUGACGGCGGCCUUGAAAUCUACCCCAGCUCCAAGAUUCGGCAUUUCGAGGCCCUCGGCAAGCGUACCGGUAUUCCCUUUACAGAUAUGCUCUUCUUUGACGAUGAGAGCCGGAACCGAGAUACCGAGACUCUGGGCGUCACCAUGUGGUUGAUACGCGACGGUGUCACUUGGGGAGAGAUUGAAAAGGGCAUCCAGGAGUGGAGGCGGAGAAGAGCAAUGGACUCGUAA